AAUAUUAUGUGUUAAUUUGGACUUCUACUAUAGUUUGCUUUUCUUCUCUUUCGCAAUCUCAAGCCUCAACGGCUGAGAAUCGGCGACAAGUUUUCACAAUCAUAUUCUCGAGUCCUAGAUCAUAGACGACAGAGAAAGACAGGCCUUUCUCCUCCUAAUCAUUGUACAUACUACUAUGACCCACGCGGACCUGGUGACUUCCACCCUUGACAUGGAAGUUCUUUCGAUGGAUGUAGACACUUUACAUCCUGAUGUCGAGGAAAGCCUGUACCGCUUGCGCGUAGGCAGUCAAGUGAAAUACAUCACCAUCGAACCGGGAACAUUCCCUAGUGAUGUUUUGCCCUUUCCUAUGGACCUCCUCCCCCUCCUCCCACAUCUGCCGCCAGGUAAUUGGGUUGAGGCGCGAGUGGCCCAGUACGCUUCGAGGCCGGUGGUGUCCAAGAUUGCCAGGUUUGAUUUUGAGAUCCCGCGGAUGGAAAGAGAAACUGCGGCGUAUCGAGCGAUCAAAGGGUGUGGCGUGUGCCCAGAAUUCCUUGGGCACAUCGUCGAAGGGGACAGGGUGAUAGGGUUCUUAAUAGAACAAUUGCACGGACGACCGGCUGGUCCGGAAGACUUGCAGGGAUGUCGCAAUGUGCUGCAGCGCCUGCAUGGGCUAAACAUCAUUCAUGGCGAUCCGAACAAACACAACUUCGUCGUGGCGUCGGACGGAACUGUUACAUUGAUCGACUUCGAGAAUGCGAUGUUGUGCAGGAGUGCUGAGCAGAAGGAUGAGGAGCUCGCUACUUUGCCUGCCCAGCUGAGUGAGACAACAGGACGAGGUGGCGUGGUUCUGACACACUUAGCCUACUGAACGUAUUCUUCGGCUUUUCAAACGUGUAGUGGAAAACAUUUGUCAAGUUAACCGACGCAGAUGAAAAAUAUAUAGCACUGUUGAUCAAAUUACAGCUGUGCCUAAAUCUUUU